CGGCUCUUAUCCCCUCCUCGGUCAGCCCCUCCGCCCGCCCCGGCCCGCUCGCCGCGCGGCUGCUCCGCCGGCUUUUCAUCUCGGCGGGUAGGAGGGAAGAUAGAUGCCUUCGCCGUGCUUCUCCCACCCCCAGUCCUCUCCGUGCCGGGGGGGGCGGUGAUGUGGAGCUGGGAAUGUAGAGGAAAGCCCUCCCCGGGAAGAGGCGACCAAAACAAAUCUCUCUCCGUGGCUUUGGCGGCCACGCAGUGCCCGGGGAAGCCUGAGCAGCCCCUGCCAGCGCCGGGGAAUCCCUCCUGCAGCCCCCGGCGGCGCCCCGGGCGCCCGCCGAGCAAGCUUCAGGAAUGGAGCUGUCUGUCUGAAGAGGACUCUGCCCAAAUAUUUGUAGUGUCCAAGCUCGUUCUACCAAGGACUCUCGUGUUACAACCUCAUCUUUCUCGGAAUGGCUGAGAAGGCUCCACCAGGGAUCACCAAAAAGUCUUCAAGGUCUACGCUUUCUCUCCCUCCAGAACCAGUGGAGAUCAUUAGGAGCAAAGCCUGCUCACGGAGAGUUAAAAUAAAUGUUGGUGGGCUCAACCAUGAAGUGCUGUGGAGGACUUUGGACAGACUUCCAAGGACACGAUUAGGAAAGCUCAGAGACUGCAAUACCCAUGAAUCUCUGCUAGAAGUAUGUGAUGACUAUAAUCUAAAUGAAAACGAAUAUUUUUUUGAUCGACACCCAGGAGCUUUCACUUCCAUUUUGAAUUUCUACAGGACAGGGAAACUACAUAUGAUGGAAGAAAUGUGUGCUCUUUCUUUUGGUCAGGAACUUGAUUACUGGGGGAUUGAUGAGAUAUAUUUAGAAUCUUGCUGCCAGGCAAGAUACCAUCAAAAGAAAGAGCAGAUGAAUGAGGAACUGAGGAGAGAGGCAGAGACAAUGCGAGAGAGAGAAGGGGAAGAGUUUGAUAAUACCUGCUGCCCAGAGAAAAGGAAGAAGCUUUGGGACUUGCUGGAGAAACCCAACUCAUCUGUGGCAGCAAAGAUUUUGGCCAUUGUAUCCAUUCUGUUCAUCGUACUGUCCACCAUUGCUUUGUCUCUUAACACACUGCCAGAGCUGCAAGAAAUAGAUGAAUUUGGGCAGCCAAAUGACAACCCUCAGCUAGCACACGUUGAAGCUGUGUGUAUCGCUUGGUUUACCAUGGAGUACCUUUUGCGUUUUCUGUCCUCACCAAAUAAGUGGAAGUUCUUCAAAGGCCCAUUAAAUGUCAUUGACUUACUGGCUAUCUUGCCAUACUAUGUCACCAUUUUCCUCACGGAGUCCAAUAAAAGUGUCCUGCAGUUCCAAAACGUCAGACGUGUGGUUCAGAUAUUUCGUAUUAUGAGGAUCCUAAGGAUUCUUAAGCUUGCCAGACAUUCAACAGGCCUUCAGUCUUUAGGUUUUACACUCAGGCGGAGUUACAAUGAAUUGGGCUUGUUGAUAUUAUUUUUAGCCAUGGGAAUAAUGAUAUUUUCAAGUCUUGUAUUCUUUGCUGAAAAGGAUGAGGAUGCUACAAAAUUUACAAGUAUUCCUGCAUCAUUCUGGUGGGCAACAAUCACUAUGACUACUGUAGGAUAUGGUGACAUUUAUCCUAAGACCUUAUUAGGUAAAAUAGUUGGUGGACUUUGCUGCAUCGCUGGAGUGCUGGUCAUAGCUCUGCCCAUACCAAUUAUUGUGAACAAUUUCUCAGAGUUUUAUAAGGAGCAGAAAAGACAGGAGAAGGCAAUUAAGAGGAGAGAAGCACUUGAGCGAGCUAAAAGAAAUGGCAGUAUUGUCUCCAUGAAUCUUAAAGAUGCCUUUGCUCGCAGUAUGGAAAUGAUAGAUGUAGCAGUAGAUUCAGGUAAGCUUGGAGAAGCAGUCAAUCCAAAGGAGACAUCUGAUGACAACCACCUAUCCCCAAGCCGGUGGAAAUGGGCCAGAAGGACAAUGUCUGAAACAAGCUCAAACAAGUCUUAUGAGAACAAGUACCAAGAAGUUAGUCAACAAGACUCCCACGAGCAAUUAAACAAUGCUGCAGCAUCCUCCAGCCCUCAGCACCUCAGUGCCCAAAAACUGGAGAUGCUGUAUAAUGAAAUUACUAAAACUCAGUCUCAGCCUAAUCUUAAUGCUGGUUACCAAGACCAGUCAGCAAAGCCACCCAUGUAUGAAGAAGAAAUAGAAAUGGAAGAAGUUUCAGGUCAGAGAGAUCCGUUACCAGCUGGACCUACGGACAUCGUAACGGACAUGAGAAGCACAUCCAGUAUCGACAGUUUUGCCAGUUGUGCAACUGACUUCACAGAAACAGAGAGGUCUCCCCUCUCUCUGUUUCCUGGCUCUCACCUGCAAAUGAGAUUUCCAGCUGAUGCUGUUAACCUGGAAGAAAACCAAAGAGCAAGAAGUUCUCAGUUUAUACCAUUUGCAAAAGACAGAGGAUUUUCUCCAACCGACAUCACCUUUGACUAUAAUCCAAUCAACAGAGCUGUUAUCAGUGAUGGCAGUGGGUCCCAAACUGUUUUACAUGGUCAUUUGCAUUUUGACUCUUCCAUGGAAAGUCCCAAAAGUUCCCUGAAAGGUAGCAACCCAUUAAAAUCUAGGUCCCUUAAAGUUAAUUUUAAAGACAAUAGAGGUGGUGCUCCACAAACUCCACCGAGCACCGCAAGGCCACUGCCAGUGACAGCAGGAGCAGACUUCACACAGACCACCCCCCAGCACAUCAGCACCAUUCUUCUAGAAGAAAAUUCCCCACAAGGUGAACGGCCUGUACUUGGUGCUGACGCACCUGCACUUUGUCAGGGACCUGUUAAAAGAUCAUCCCCUCUCUUUCCCAAGCAUAAGAUUUUCACUUUCCCUUCAAAAGAGAGAAGGAGCUUCACUGAAAUAGACACUGCAGAAGAAGAAGAGUUUAUGGAGUUACGUGGUAUGAAACAUGAAAAACAAAAGGAUAUCAAGACAAAUUGCUGUGGGGAUAAACGGAGUGAUGGCAACAAUUUAACAGAGGAGCCACAAGUCAGCUCUUCACCCAAAAGCAUGAGCCACAACUGUACUCAAGACAUUUACCAUGCUGUGGGUGAGGUAAAGCCAGACAGUAACCAAGAAGGUCACAAAAUGGAAAACCAUUUAUUUGCCCCAGAAAUUCAUUCAAGUCCAGGAGAAACUGGUUAUUGUCCCACACGCGAAACUAGCAUGUGACUAGUUACAGAAGCAAUAAAAAUACCUUUUCUUAAAACACUGUUAGUAAUGCCUAUGAACUAAAACAUGGAAAGCCUCAACAAAAGUGCAUAAAAUGUUAUUUUUGCAUGGCAUGAAGAGUUGUUUAGUUUAAAUACUGUUUAAUUAAAAAAAAAAAAAGACUGCUUUUUGUAACAAACUGAAAAAAAAAAACAGGGAAAAAAUGACUCAAGAACAGUGAAUAAAAUAAAGAGAGCUCUGUUAGGAGCCAGUGUUCUGCUACAUCUGACAUUUUUGAUCCUUUCACUUAUGAUUGUAGACAGGUUUUGAACUCUUUUAACUUUUUUUUUCUUGGUUACAUGAAUUUUAGAAUUUGCACACGAAAGGAUGAAAUGUCAAUGCAUGCAUUCAUAAAGAUGUGAAACAAGGUGCUUUGAGCUUGCAAAAUGCAUAUAUUUGUAAAUAGUUGGGGGUUGGGGGGACAGCUACGGUUAACAAGGAUUUAUGGAAAAAGCGUUUCCUGGGACACAGGUACUUCCUUCACAGCAUGCUGCCUGGAGGUUUUGUACAGACUUAUGUUGCAAAAUUGCAACUUCUACUUAAAGCAUCUCACAUAUCUUGCUUUCUGUUAAAAAGCUCAUGAGUAUAUCUGUUAAUUAAUGACUACAGUGUUUUUAGUUUUUCUGUGCUGUAAAUCAUGAUAGUUUUUUUUAUUUGAAUAACUUCUGUUAUUGCAUUUGUCAGUUUAAUUAAUGAUCCUGUGAGGAAAAGCAAAGAUUUAAUGACCAGAACGUGAAGCAUUUGAUAUUUUUAUAGAAAACUGCCAACAUUUCAUAACUGAAGAAAAAGUUCCAUUUUAAAAUUUAAACACCAUAGUUAUUUCUGUGGCAAUAAAUAGUGCCAAAUGGCUAUACAGAUACAUACAAAAGUUUUCAAUCUCUUGGAAUAUAAUUGGGUAUUAAAAAAUAUUUUCCACAUUCCCUUUUUUUCCUUUGAAUUAACACUUUUUGCUUCCACUUACCAUAGUGGAUCUAGGUUAAUUUUUACUCAUCUAUCAUUUUCUGUCAAAUAAGUAACAACCAGGCAUCUAAUGCAUUUAAUGUAAAGGAGCAAUCCUUUUUCUUGCAACAUUGCCCUUUGCUUGAAAUGGCUGGGCUGAUGCCACAGACCCCAUGGAAAAGAGGUAAGUUUGAAGAGCCCCAAAAUCAGGAUCCUGGUGACUGGGCCUAACAAUGAGCAGAGCACUAUCAUUUGGUUAAAAAAAAAAAAAAAAGUCUUCUAUAUUUCCAUAAGUUUUCUAAGGUCUGUAAAAAGAUAAUAUUGAAGCAUCUCUUCAGUCAUUUGAAUAACUGGGAACAUAAUGGGGUUUUUUUCAAAUAGUGUCUGGUCAUUAAUUCUCAAAAUAAUUUUUUUUCUUUAGUUGCAGUUCAUUGCAACUUGUUGCUGCAUUCAGUUGUGUGUAUUUAUAUGGCAUUCUGUGUAACGUUUUUCAAUGAUGUUGUGUCUCACUGUCCCCAAAUUUAGUUCUUGAUAUUUUAUAGUCAUUAUUCUAUAUUUAUUUUUCAGUUCCUGGAUAUUUCGGUGACUGAAACCAAAUGCCAGUCAAUUUUUAUAUGCCUGAAGUGUUGGUUUGUAUUUUCUAUGUGCAGUUUUAUGAAAUCACGUGGGCCUGUUCGAUCUGCCUUUUCAUCCUAGUGAACUAUCGAAGUCUAAAUUAAGACCAAAUGGGACCUGGUUCCAUGCCCUGGAUCCACAGAAAAUUCUCUUUCAAGACAAUGAUGGUGUUCUGACCAGAUUGAGGUCUGUGUGCUUCUUCACCCAGGUGACCCUUACACUUUGGAAAAGCCCCCUCAGACCUGUGCCACUUGAUGAAAAGGGAGGAGUCCAGCCAUAGGGAUCAUAUUGCAGGAACAGAUUUGAUUCCUUAAGCUCUUCUCAGUUAAACUUUAUGCAAAGCUUAUUCUGCCCUAUUAAAGUCACUACAAAUUCAAAAGUGGUAAAAUUAAGGCCUCAGUCCUUGUGCAGAUGAAUUUCCCCUCAAAACAAUGGGAGUCUGGUGGAAAAAGAGACUGAAAUAUAAAUGAGGAUGGCAAGACUCUCUCCCUCUUGAUGGAAAUCAACAGGAGCUUUAACUAUAUAAAUCAGAUGAAAGACCAGGCCCUUAUUGGCCACUGUAUUUUAAAUGUUUUCAUAGAAGCACAUUUAUUUUGAAAGCAAAAGAAAUGCAAUUCACUUUAUAAACAGAUGAUGUAUUUUCUUUUUUUAAAAUCUUGGAAGCAAAAUUAUUGAGAUUUAGAAGUACUUUUGGUAUAAUUUCAUUAUAUACUUUUGACUAUGCUGAAUACUAUUUUGAGAAGCACAGGUUUAGACGUGUUUUUUCCAGUCUUGACUGCAUAUACGGGAUCCCACUUCUGGAUACCUAGCUCAUGCAUAAUUCCUAAUUAAAACAUCUACUUGAACAGUUGCAGGACUGGAUCUAGAUUUCAAUCCAGUACAGCAGGUGUUAAGAAGUGCAAUCCAGGAACAUUUCUUUCAUCGUGAAUUGAUAUGCAGCAAAUUCUGUAAAAUUACACAAGUAUAUUUUUCUGGUUUUCUAAAACUUUGAAGCCAUUUCAGACUUAUUACCCAUUCACCACAGUAAGGGGAGAAUGUGUUGGAGCUAUGGAGUCAGUCUCCAAUCCCAGCUGUGCGAUUUCAAAACAGCUUAAGGAGUCUUAGGAAGAAGUGACUCCCCUGUGCACCUGAAAGGGGUCUGACUCCUCGUAUCACUGGAAAAUGAAGAAUGUUCAGGGAGAUAGCUUUGCAAUUAAUCUAUUUUUUAUAUUUUUUUAUGAACUGCAGAAUCCUGAAUCAAAGUUUUAAUUCCUUUUCAAUGAUGAAACCAAAUGCACAUAUUGAAAAGAUGUUCACAGAGUAAUUAGAACAGUUUUUGACUAACAGUCACGUUAAUUAAAGUCUGGGUGGGAUGGGGGCAAUAAUAUGUCGCACAAACUGCAAAGGAAGUUCCUACAGGAAAGCUGUUUACAGGGAAAGCAUACAAUGUUAUGUAAAGAAUGUAACAUGGUGUAGGAAGUUUUUGCACUACAGAAUUUAUAUGAAAUACACUUUUUUAAAUGAAAACACAAAAGGCCUUUUAAUGCUACAUUGUAUAGAAGAUAGGAGCAUCUGUGCUAAUGCAGCAAUCUAAUGCACUGUGUCCUCACUUCACAAUUGGUCUCAAAAUUCAAACAUUAUUCAUUUUAGAGAGGUGAUAUCUGAUCUAAUACUAGAGCAACUGACUUGAAGAGCUGUUUAGCACACUAUUACAUAACCCAAAGUCUGUACAGACAGUUGUAUUUUUACCUAUAACAUUCAUAAAUCAAAUUGACAGUUGGAUUCUGGAGUCAUUUCCUAACAGGUAACACCUGGCAACAUAUUUGUAUUCCUUGGAAAACUAGUUCUUUUAAAAGCAGACCUCUUCCCCUACGUGUUGACUGAGCUGCUGUUUCCUUCAAGGUUUACCUUCAAAUUAUUUAAUUAACUCCUUCAACCUCAUCUCUAAACCACAGUCCAGUACAAAACCACUUGUCUUUUUGAAGCCCUAUUGCAAAUACAUUCAGAUUGGUAAAAAUAUCCAGGGCUUGCCUGACUGGCUUUUUCAAUGAAACAGCUUUUGAAUCACUUGGAUAGAAAAUAAAUCUUAAUAUUUUGAUCAUGCAAAAAUAUUUUAAAAGCAAAAAAAUGCAAUAUGCCUUUUUUUUCCAAAGUAGCCAGCACAGAUUGAGCAAGAAAUGCAAACACAGCAAAGGGAGGAAGAAGGGAAGAAAACUGUAAGUAAACAAGGCAUGUUUUAGUAAACUGUGUAAAAAAAGAGAUAUAAUAAAUCAUAUAUACAAUAGUCCUUAUUCACUCAAUGAGGAAGAAUGUCAGUAGCAAAAGAUUGAAUUCCAGUCCAACUCCAUCUUAAUUUUUUUACUAGAACGACAGGUCUCUACUACAGUGAUGCUAUUACCCACUCACCUGCCACAUGAAUAUCUGAUCUGUAAUAAUUUUUCAGACUUUCCUGAAAAAGAAGAUACUAUGUGUUGCUAUCUUUGUUGAUCUUUGGAUCUCUUCCCAUUGCCAUCCAAACACUUCUUCUUGGGAGCAGUCAGAAGGCAGUGCACCCAACAAGAUGAUACGUAUGUCUUGUCAGGAAAGUGUUUUGGUAGUCUGGUGCAAAUAAGAUGGACUCUGUUGCAUUUGAACCAAGGAAGAAGAGCUGAGUGUCCCUUCUUCUUGUUAUUUUUCCAGCCAUACCAUCUCACAGCUUCACGUUUUCUAGUUUUAAAGUGCUCUGAAUCCUCCAGUGUCUGCCACAGUGUCCCCAAGCUCCAUGCAAGAUGUCUCAGUGUUCUUGGAAGAACUUUUGUGAAAGCAACUGACUGGAAAAUGCUAUUAAGACAGCCAUUGGUCUCAGCGUGAAUAUUUGUCUCUCGUCCAGUCUGUUUUUAUUUCUUAGCUGUAGUCAGUUUAAGCUCCAGCUGAAAUGCUUUCUAAAACAGAUCAGGUGUUCUGGGAGCCAAACCCUUAGCAGGUCCUCUAUCAGUUUCCUUUGCACAGAAAGGUUAGGUGACUGGCAGGCAAAAAUGAGAGACAAAAUUGUUUGCAUCAUGGUGAUGUUUUGUUCAGUGAUCAUACACCAGGGGACAUCUGCAGGCAAGGUAAUGUACUUGUCUUUGUAUUUAUUUUGUGGCAGCUUUAAGAAAUAUUUUUUGAAAAUGUUGUGCUAUGAUAUUUAGGAAGUAUUACCUGUUAGGACAAUGGAGAUUUCUUCCAAAACAGCAGUGGUACCUUAUAGUCCUACAUUGUUAUUGAUUACUAUUUAAUUAUCUUUUAUGAAACCUAACACAGAUCCAGAUGAAUGCCAUUGUGGAACAAGGAAGUAGCAGACAAAUAUUAGCGCUCUUUUUACUUAAAAGUAGCUAAAGAACAUGGUAUUAGCUAACAUUUAAUCCAAAAGAAGAUAAGAUUAUUCUAAUUAAACCUAUCAGCAAAACAGAAUGGUGACCUGUCAUUACCUUAGACAUGGACUGUAGUCCUGUGAUUAAUAUAAAACCUGAAUUUAAGAGCAGUCUGUGUAAUUUAUUUCGUUAGGGUAAUUUUUAAACUCAAAUAAGUAUUUAAAUACGUAUUCAAAAUCAGCAGGGGUAAUAUACAUUUCUAAACCUGGAAUUCUAUGGUUAUAUUUACACUGGUAUCUUAGUGGAAAUCAGGAGAGCUCUCCUGGCAUGAAUCUCUCAGCUAUCCCUGCUUUUUGUGCUUUGAUUCACAUCACAGAGCAAUCCUAGACCAUGUAAACUGGAUUACUUUUAGAUGAAGCUGAAACAGGAAACUUCUUCCAUGAGGGCACCUGCUGUGUUGCAACCAGGAUGAAGCAUUCAGGCCCUGGCACCAGAUGAGAGCUAGACCAAAACUGUACCCCAAUACAUGUAGUAUAAAUUGUCAACACAAACCGUUAUCCUCAACAAAUCUGCUUGUAUUGUACUACUUGCUAAUGUAGACAUAGACUGUCUCACCCAUGGUUACUAUCUCCAGUCCAUGUAGUCUUGGCUAAAUCCCUUACUCAAGCAGAUUUUGUCAUUGUCAUCAGUAGUAUUGCAUAAAAAGAGCAAUGUAUAGCCAAAGAUGAAAUUGUCCCCAGUGUGUUCCCCAGCUUAGCCCAGGUGGAAUCAUUUAAACAAUAAGUUCUUGAUAACUUUGGAUAGUUGCAGUUUGUAGUUUGGACCAGACUCUUACAUACUGCAUAGUUCUACAGUCAGUUUAGUCUAAAGCUGGUGUAACAUCUGAUGAAGACAGUACAGACAGCACUAGACUGACUUACUCCAGAAUCAGUGGAAUGAUUAAACUGACUGCAAGUAGCCCUAUUUCACUUAACAGUAAUUCUUUCUUUAUAUGGUAUGAAUAAAAGCAAAUGGCCGUGCAGUGAUGGAGGAUCAGAAGCCCAGCUUGAGUAUUUUGUGCCUAUCUACCAUGUCUAGAUAUCUUUCCAUUUGGAUCACGGUUGAAGUUUAUUUAAAUUGAGGAACUAGUAGGGUUUUGAUUGUGUGCUGAGUUGCUCUGAUGUCUAGGACAUACCUUGUAAAAGGUAAUGCACGAAACAAAAAGCCUAUUCCUUAUCUUACCGUUUUUAAUGAUUUCAAGGUGAAGGACAUAAGUUUUAUAGUGAUAUUUUUGCUCUAAGUUUUGCUCAGAUAGCAUCUCUCAGCGGAGGUUCAGAAUACAAAACACUUAUGCCUGUUCUUGAAGUCCUUAAGCAGAAUGCCAAUGGGAAUUCUGCCUGUAUAAAACUGAAGGAUGGAGCAAUAUAUUAUAGCAUUAGGCAAAAGGAACAGUUUCUAACAUGCUACAAAAUGAAAAAAAAAAAAAAAAACAACACAACAAAAAACACUUUUGGGGACAAUCAUGGGUACUUCUGCUAGGAUGCAGAGUUCUGGCUUUAUACCUCUAAAUUUUCAGAGUUCUGAAGAGUUUUACCUUAUAACUCUUUCAAAAGUCAAAGGAGCCAUGCUGAUAAGAUGAAACAUGGAGGGAUUAGUGUACAAAGAAUCUGAACAUUGAAUACAUAGCCUAUUGCUUUAAGAUCACUGUAAAUAUCAACUAAAAAUGUGAUUAAUUCAUGUUUAUACGUUAUUACUGUGUUAGUUUCAUAGAUACGGUAGCAUGACUAUUAUUAGUUUUAUUGAGUUUAAUGGACUUUACUUUGUAUUCCUCUGUGAAUGCUCUGAAUGCUGCAAACAAAAAAAGCACAACAGUAUUUUUUCAAGUUCUCUUGGGGCGAUAGUAGUGUCUUCACUAUUGUUCAGUUUUACAGAUUUAGCAACAUUUCAUCAUAAAUUGCUAUGUUAAUAACAUAUCUUUCUUUAAAAGUACUGUCACUAGGAGAUAAAAGCAUAUGUGAUAAGUGUUGUCUAAUCUCAUUCAUCUGCCUUUACAAAAUGCCCCAGACAUUUUGUGGGAGAAUAUGCUGCUUUUGCUUCAUGCGUUGUUUGUAUUUGGGGGUGGGGCAGGGGAAUAAUAGGGCAUUUUGCAAUGGUAAUUGCAUCAAACAUGCUUUUUUCAUUAUUAUUGUAUUUGUUAGAAACAUUUUGAUUUAGUUAAUUUCUGUAGAUAAAACUUUGGCAAUAGCUUUAUUUUUUCAACUAACCGUUUGAUUUCACUAGACUAAUAACUUCUCACAUUUAGUGAUAUUCGUAUCAAUGUCUCCAUAUCAGCUGCAUUUUAACUUCAUAAGAAAGGAAGUGUGAUUAUUAUUUUUGUCAUAAUAGAUUUUGCUGAUCAACUAAAUAUUUCUGCACCAAUCUACAUAUUAAUAUGCAUGUUGUAGUCUGUACAAUUGUUCAACAUCAAAAUAUCUGUUUAAUUUAUGUCAAAUGUCUGUAAAAUAAAUGCAUUGUUCUCCAUUUCAGUCUGAUAGAACAAGCAGGAUAGUAAAUAAAUGUGUAAAUGAA